AUGAGUGAUAGUGUUUACUUUAGCGAAAGAACAAAAACCUAUGAUAUUCCUAUAUCACAUUUGGACUUUAAAUAUCUUGAUUCUUGCAAUGACCCAUAUGAAUUGGAGAAAAUAUUGAAAACUUUGAGGUCUGGUGAAGUCGGACGUUAUGCUGAACUUGAAUCAUUUUGUGAAGAAAAGGUCAAAACGUUACAUCCAAACAGCCGGGUACUACGGAAAGCGAUAGAACCAAUAAAAAUCACACAGUUGGAUAAAGAAGAAAGACAACAAAUUGAAGAAGAUUUUCAGAGUUGGCUUAAUGAAGUAAAGACGUUCAAUGAAGAAAUUGAUGAUGAUGAUCAGAAUUCAGAAAUUGAUUAUUAUUUAUUGAAAAGAUCAAAAAAGAAAUCACUUCCAGGAAAACAAUUCGAAAUGAAUGAUGAAGAAUUAGAAGAAAAAUGUUUGAAAUAUGACAAUGAAGAUUUACCACCUAUUCGAAAAUCUAUUAUAUUUAGUGAUAAUAAACAAUUAGCAACACAAUUAAAUUCAAAAGGAGAUUAUACAUUUGGCAAAAGAGUUUUGAAACCAAAAGACUAUAGUGAAUGGGAUAAGUUAGCAAAGCAAUGGGAUAAAGAAUUAACUGAAGAUAAUCAACCAAAUAAUAAAUUUGAAAAAGAAUUGAAAUUAAGACUAGUUAAUAUGCCAAUUCAAACAAGAAAGAAAUUAGCUGAACGAGAAAAAGAAAAAGGGAAUGAAUCCUUUAAAUCAGGUGAUUAUGCUGAUGCAAUGAACUAUUAUAAACGAAGUCUUAUUAUGCAUAAAACCAAUGCUGUUUACAAUAAUCGUGCUUUAAUAUAUUUACGACAAAAACAGUGGAAACAAGCAGUGAAUGAUUGUACUAAAGUUUUAAAAACUGAACCAGAUAAUUUAAAAGCAUUGUUUAGACGAAGUCAAGCAAAUUUCGAAUUAGAUAAUUUAGAACAAGCUGAAAAUGAUUUAAAUAGACUUACCGAUCAAGAUCCAACAAAUUUUAAAGCUCAAAAUUUAUUACGAAAUGUGAAAAUUGCAAUAUCAAAACGUCAAGAACCCCAUUUGAAAGGAUCUAGACGUAUGAUCAUAACUGAUGUCGGUGAUUCUUCUUCGGAUGAUGAUGAUGAUGAGAGUGAUGAAAAUGUCGAAGAAAAUGAAUAUCAGCAGCAGGAACAACAACAACAACACAUACAAGGACAAGAAAUUGUGACAAUGAACAAAAAUGAUAAUAUUCAAUUGACUGACAAAUCUACUAUUGAUAUUAAUAAACAAGAAUCUAGCUUAAAUGUUCGUUAUGACUCCAAAGUUGAUACAAAUAAUAAUGAAGAUAUAAUAACUACAUUUGAUAAUGGAGAUAUAUAUUGUCAAUCUGAAGUUAAUGACCAUUUAGAACAUGAUGAAGUGUCCAUUAAUUCUAAGAGUACAUAUUCUAUCGUUGAUUAUGAAGAGUUAAAACAAAAAGGAAAUGAAUCAUUUAAAAAGGGAAAUAUGAAAUUGGCUUUAAUUUAUUUCAAUAAAUGUAUUGAACUUUGUUUAAAGUACAAUUUAACUAAUGACAAACGUUUAGCUGUUAUUUAUCGUAAUCGUUCAUUGAUUUAUUUACAAUUGAAUGAAUAUCAAUUAGCAUGUAAUGAUUGUACAUCAGCUUUAUCGAUUGAAUCUAAUUGUCCAAUUGCAUUGUAUCGUAGAGCAUUAGCAUUGAAGUUUCUAGGUGAUCAUUCAGGAUGUUUAAAAGACUUACAGAAAGCAUAUAAUUUAAGUCCAAAUAAUAAUAGAAUUAUUGAAGAAUUGAAGAAAAUGCAGAAUACCUUAGUACAGACGGAUAACAUGAACACUGAUAUACUAAUUAAUAAAUCUCAAACAGUAAUAACUACUAGUACAAUCAGUACUACAUCAGAUCUUGAAAUAAUUGAAUUGCCAAAUGUUGACAGUGAAAAAGAAGAUCAUAUUCAUGAUGACAAUAUUAAUGAUGAUGACGAUGAUGACAAUGACAACAACAACGACAAUAACAAUACUGAAAUAUUAGAAGUGGAAGCAGAAGAAGAGAAUGAUGAAAGUUAUGAUAAACUCUUAUCUAUACAAUGUAAUAAUAUGAAUCCAUCAUGUCAUAUUUCUACUAAUCUAAAUGAUUUCUCUAAAUUUCAAUCAAAUAAUGCAAAUAUUAUGACUAAAUCAAUUGAUAAUGAAUGGGAAGAAGUGAAUCUUAUCAAUAAAGAAGGUACAAAGAUUGUUAAUACAAGUAGCAUAAAUUCGACUACUGAUAAUAGAUGGAAGUUAGAUAAACCAAUAACAAACUCACAUGAAUUUCAAAAUUGUUGGAUAAAUAUUCAACAUUUAAAACGAUCAAAUUAUACAAACGCCAUUAAUCAAAUUAUAACACUAUUAAAUAAUAUAUUACCUGAACAAUUACCAAAAUUAAUUGGAAUUCGAAUGGAAGCUGAGAUGUUAGAUGAUUUAUUGAAUGCAAUCAAUGUAUCAAUGAAUACUAAAAACAUUAAUAGUCUGUGGAUUUACGAUAUUUUAAUCCAAUUGAGUAAAACAGCACGAUUUGAUUGUGCCUUAUUCUUAAUAAGUGAUGGCACAAAAGAAGCUAUAAAAUGUAUAAUCGAUAGAUUACACCAUCGUUAUCAACAACAAUCUAGUGAAUUGAAACAAUGUCAUAUUGAACAACUUCAAUCCAUUUACUCAAUAUAA